GAAAGCAAACUAAAUUGAAUACUUUGGAAAGACAAAAGUGGUGAGUUCGCAAACAAGCAAAGAAGCUGCCAAAUUGAUGUAAGACAUUAAAAGAUUGAGGAAAUUUUGUAAAAAUCUGGGAAGUUACUGCAUUUCAGUUGCUUCUCAAGAAAGGAGAAUGUUUCAAAAAAUGAGUGCUAAAUAGCCUUGGUUCUGCUGAAAGGUCAAGUUGAAGGAGAAUGAGAAAUGUCCAUUGGACUGAUUGACAGCAAUUAUUGAGUUGGGAAUGAUAUCCUAGUUAGGAUGAAGCAGGGUAAUUAAAACAUCAAGAGCAGGCAAUUCUUAUAGUUUCACUGUGAGGAGGAGGAGGAUAUUAGCUGGAGGAGAAAUAUGGGUUGAAGGAUAUUGUAUUUGUGUUAAGAUGAGAAUUAAAAACGUAUUUAAAUCCUAUUUGGAAGGAGCCAAUGGAAAGGAAAAGGAUAAACUACUCCAGUUUCCUUGGGUGGGCUGGAAGGGGACAUGGGGCUAGAACACAAGUGGAAGAUUUGGCCUUAGAAAGUGGAUGAGGGGCUCAGAGGCAGGGAGUGUUAGGUUACUUGACAAGAAAUUGAAGUAUAUUUUUUUGUUUUUGUUUCAGAAAUCUCAGGCUAAGUCACCUGCUAAGAACCAGGUGAUCAGACAUUGGAGGAUAAGAGGGUAUGGGAGCUAACUAGAGACAAAGUGUAAUUGCUGGUACUCGACAGCUUAGAUGCACACAUGGAGAAGACAGGUGGUUUGUUCAUUCAGGGCUUGAAUUUUGCCAUGCCCGUGGAACAAAAAGGCAAAAAGAAAUGAAGGUCAUAAUAUGAACAAGAGUCUGAUUAAAAUAAAGGAGUCUAAGCUAGUGGGAUGUGACUGACAUAGGGAGAGAUUGAAGAGAUCAAUGGUUGGUGUAUUAAUCCAAUUGAGGAAUAGAUAUAGUGAUAGUAGUUGAGCAAUCUAGCUAUAAUGAUGGGAGGUUGUGAUCAGAUAGUGGAUGUCUUAGUGAUUUAGAGAUUAAAAGGUUUUAUAUGAUGACACGCUACAGGGGUCACAGUGGAGUGAAUAGCAGUAUUAGCUGAAUGUUAUGAGCUUCAAAGGAAAAAGGUUUUUACUAGAUAGGGAGGACAAUUGGUCAAGAAGUGGCACUGGAGAGGAAUUGAGAAGACACUGAUCCCACUUUCUACCCUGUGGGGUGGCCAUUUUAGGGGGUGCUGAUGGAUACCUGCGGGGUCGGCUGUGUUGCCCUGGGGGAGGCCGGCCCCGUGGGGAACAUGACUGUGGUAGACUCUCCCAGACAAGAGGUGCUAAACCAGCUUGAUGUCAAGGCCUCUUCAGAAACAACCAGUGUGGAGGCUUCCAUAGAGAUGUCAUUACCUACCCCUUUGCCUGGAUUUGAAGAUUCUCUUGAUGAGAGGAGGCUCCCUCUGGAGCAGCAAAGCUUCUCCAGACUGGAACAGCAAGAUCUUUCUUCAGAGAUGUCAAAGGUCCCAAAGCCUAGGGCCUCAAAGCCUGGCCGGAAGAGAGGUGGUAGGACACGGAAAGGCCCCACAAGGCCCCAGCAGCCUAAUCCUCCAUCAUCCCCUCUGGUUCCUGGUCUCUUAGACCAAUCCAACCCUCUAUCCAACCCCAUGACUAAGAAACGAGGUCGAAAGUCCAAGGCAGAUGUGUUACUGCUGAAGUUGUCAAAAGACCUAGAUCAGCCAGAGUCUCCACCUCCAAAGAGGCCCCCUGAGGACUUUGAGACUCCUCCUGGGGAACGACCCCGCCGAAGGGCUGCCCAAGUGGCACUUCUGUAUCUUCAGGAACUGGCUGAAGAGCUCUCAACAGCCCUGCCUGCUCCAGUGUCCUGUCCUGAGAGCCCCAAGGUGGGCAGCCCCACCAAACCGAAGAAAAGCCGGCAGCAGGCAGUCUGUCAAGGUAGGGAAGUAGAGGAGGACACCACUCGGGAUGAAGACUUCGUUCUCCAGGUUGAGGCUGAAGAUGGAGAAGAAAGUGAGGCCCCAAGUGAGAGCUCAUCUGACCCUGAGCCUGCAGUUCCCCGAAGCACCGCACGAGGAUCCACUUCAGGGAAGCAGAAGCCACACUGCCGGGGAGUGGCUCCCAAUGGCUUACCAAAUCACAUCAUGGCUCCUGUUUGGAAGUGCCUCCAUCUCACCAAGAACCUCCGAGACCAGAAGUAUUCAUACUGGGAGUUUGCAGAAUGGAUUCCUUUAGCCUGGAAGUGGCACUUGUUAUCUGAACUUGAGGCAGCUCCCUACCUGCCCCAGGAGGAGAAGUCUCCACUGUUUUCUGUACAACGUGAAGGACUUCCUGAAGAUGGAACACUCUACCGAAUAAACAGAUUUAGCUCUAUCACAGCACACCCAGAGCGGUGGGAUGUGUCCUUCUUCACGGGGGGACCGCUCUGGGCUCUGGACUGGUGCCCAGUGCCAGAAGGGGCAGCAGCCUCGCAGUAUGUGGCCCUUUUCUCCAGCCCUGACAUGAAUGAGACACACCCACUGAGCCAGCUUCAUUCGGGCCCUGGGCUGCUCCAGCUCUGGGGCCUUGGGACCUUGCAGCAAGAAAGCUGUCCUGGCAACAGAGCCCACUUUGUCUAUGGGAUUGCUUGUGACCAUGGCUGCAUCUGGGACCUCAAGUUCUGCCCCAGUGGAGCAUGGGAGCUUCCAGGCACCCCUCGGAAGGCCCCUCUCCUGCCCCGCUUGGGUCUCCUGGCUCUUGCCUGCUCAGAUGGGAAGGUGCUGUUGUUCAGUCUGCCCCAUCCUGAGGCCUUGCUGGCUCAGCAGCCCCCAGAUGCAAUGAAGCCUGCCAUUUAUAAGGUCCAAUGUGUGGCAACCCUGCAGGUGGGGUCUAUGCAAGCUUCGGACCCCUCUGAGUGUGGUCAGUGCCUUAGCCUGGCCUGGAUGCCUACCCGGCCCCACCACCACCUGGCUGCUGGAUACUAUAAUGGCAUGGUAGUUUUCUGGAACCUUCCCACAAACUCGCCUCUGCAGCGGAUACGGCUCUCUGACGGCUCCUUGAAGCUCUACCCCUUCCAGUGUUUCCUAGCCCAUGACCAGGCUGUGCGCACCCUUCAGUGGUGCAAAGCUAACAGAUUUGAUCUUCUCCCAUCUUCCCACAGUCAUUUCCUAGUCUCUGCAGGAAGCGACCGGAAAAUCAAAUUCUGGGACCUUCGACGACCUUAUGAACCAAUAAACUCUAUCAAGCGCUUCUUGAGUACAGAGCUGGCCUGGCUGCUCCCCUACAAUGGUGUCACUGUGGCUCAGGACAACUGCUAUGCCUCUUAUGGACUCUGUGGAAUUCAUUAUAUUGAUGCUGGUUACCUUGGUUUCAAGGCCUACUUCACUGCUCCUCGAAAAGGCACUGUCUGGAGUCUUUCAGGAUCCGACUGGCUUGGGACAAUAGCCGCAGGAGAUAUAUCUGGGGAGCUCAUUGCAGCUAUAUUGCCUGAUAUGGCACUGAACCCAAUAAACGUCAAGCGACCGAUAGAGCGGAGAUUUCCUAUAUAUAAAGCAGAUCUGAUGCCAUAUCAGGACAGUCCUGAAGGUCAAGACCACUCUUCUGCUUCAUCUGGGGCCCCCAACCCUCCCAAGGCUCGAACUUAUGCUGAAACUGUCAACCAUCACUACUUGCUCUUUCAAGACACAGAUUUGGGUUCAUUCCAUGAUCUGCUCCACAGAGAACCAAUGCUGCGCAUGCAGGAGGGAGAGGGGCACUCGCAGCUCUGCCUGGACAGGCUGCAGCUGGAAGCUAUUCAUAAGGUACGUUUCAGCCCAAACCUGGAUUCCUAUGGAUGGCUGGUCUCUGGGGGGCAGUCAGGGCUGGUUCGGAUUCAUUUUGUCCGUGGACUCACUUCUCCACUGGGCCACCGUAUGCAGCUUGAAAGCCGUGCCCACUUCAAUGCUAUGUUUCAGCCAGCCUCCCCUACUAGAGGGCCUGGCUUUUCUCCAACCAGCCAUCGCCUUCUGCCCAGUCCCUAGUUGUGGUCCCCAUAGGACCCUUGGAAUGAAAUCUGCCAAGAACAGUUGGCCCCAAGCACACAGCCAUAGGAACUGGGGCCUUCCUGGACAGUGAUGCUGCCAGGCCUGGACCUUUAGACCUGCCUCCCCAGGACUCCUUAGAUCCCUCUCCUUCCACAGACUUCUCCUGUCAUCACAGCUCCCCGCGGGCAGGGGGGCUCUCCCUCUGCUAACUCUCAAGGCUCCUCAGCCUAGAACCAUGACUCACAAGAAACACUCAGGCCUGACCUAGGCUUGGGAGUCAGAUUGCUCAUAUUGAGCAUAUUGUGAAGUGGGUAAAGCUAAGUAAAGGUACUGGGUGUUUUUGAGACCA